GCACAAGUACUGACAUGUUUAUUUGCUGCAACAGUUUAUCAUGUAUGGAGCGAAAGAAAUGCCAGAAAAUUUCAGAAUGAAAGUAAGGAGAGUCAACAAAGACUUGGAGAAAUCAGCCUCCAACUACACAUCAGUGGACAAAUGAAACAAUGUUGUUACAGUCCUUAUUUUUACCAACCUUUCAACGAGUAUGAGUCUCCAGAUUGGGCUAACCCUUAUUCUACCCCAGAAGUAAAUCACCAUCGACGACAGAAUUUUCGUGUAUUAUGCCAGCAGUACUCUAGAGGGGUUGCUAUGAUGGUAAGCAGCUUCACUUCCAACCAAGAGUUUGUGAGUUCGAGUAUGCCGGGGUCUAUUUGGAAACAACCUGCCUCUCUACCCAGGGUAGGGCUAUAAGUUCCCAAUUCUGCCGGUGAUAGAUGGUGUCGUGAAGCCUUGCAGCUACUCCGAGUUAGAAAAGAUUACUGACUUCAAAACCGAGAACUUGAUUCAGAUGACCCAGUCAGGCAGAUUGUUCCGUGGAACCAUUACUGAAGGAUCUGUAAAACGAUCAGUGAUUGUUAAAACAUGGGAUCUUCACCUUCCUGCGCAUUUAAUACAUGUUCAUCGUCCAUUUCAAUUUUGUGAUGAGAUGGAGUUAUAUGAAACAGCAAAUGCACAUCAAUAUUUGGUGAAGUUGUCUAGGUACUGUUGCGAGAAGAGACUUGCAGCUGUCUAUGAUGAAGAAUUUACCACGGUUUUGUCUGAUGUGCUUCUGGCUGAUGACUUUGGAUGGGAAAAGCGGAUAAAUGUGGCAACUCAACUUGCAGACCUCUUGACAUGGUUGCAUAAAAAGAAGAUUGCAGUUGGUAGUGUCACUGCUUCAUGCAUUAUGAUUGAUAAGGAAGUGAGUAUUAAAGUGUUUGACUUUGGUAACAUUGACACAGUUGUCAACGAGGAUUCUGAAAUUGCUUUAAAGUAUCUUGUUGGCAGGGGUACUCCAGAGAUUAUUUCAAAAGGUAAGCGGACAUUGAAAUCUGAUGUUUACAUAUUUGGUCUUCUACUGAUGGAGUUAAUAUCUAAAACGAAGUUUGAUUCUUGUCAUCUUCCUGACCCAAAUGAGGAUAAACCUGGCGGAAAUUUUUUGGUUCAUGAAUGCUUCGAAGAGGUUGAUUAUCAAACUGCAGCAGAAAUCUCAAAGCUGACUUGCUGUUGCCUGGAUCUUGAUCCAGGCAAUAGGCCAACAAUGAAAAGUGUUUUUGACACUUUGGUAAAACUGAGGGUCGGGGGGAAACGAAAAAGAGAUGAAAACGAGGCCAAAAUAGAAUAAGCUGCCCCUUUGCUUAGCUACUUUUAACUUUUGUAUAAACUAAAUUGCUAAGGUUGUUGCAUGGCAGUGGUGGAACUUUGUGAAUGAUCUCCAAAUGAUUUGUUUUACUGACCUAGGAAUUGGAGAUUUUCCAAUUCUUUAAGCAAAUUAUUGCGGA